AUGGCUCCUAUACGCUUAGAAUCGAUUUCCUUUGCUCGUCCGACGACCGAAGGGCCAUGCAAACCUGUCCAAGCUGAUCGAUCAGGGUCAGGCCUUGAUCUGAUGCUGGCCGAGCGCCCUCAAAGCCUCUUGUACUUGGUCGAGGCUUUCGAUGCCCCAGCUGCCGUCAAAGACGAGCAUUUCGAUGUCCAGCUCCAGCGAGUACUCCACCUCGCCUGGAUUGUCACUGUCCGUGCCUUCAUUUCAUCUACCACUCUUUAUGUCGGACAGCAGUACCUCAAGGGUCGGUGCUUCGUUGGUGAGACACCGAGAACUGCCGACGUCGUGACUCGAAUCCAUGUCGAUACAUACGAGGCCGUGCAGGAUCUCUUUGCGCAGCUCAUCAACCAUCUGGAAGCGACAUCGAAAGAGGGCCAUGGCAACGGCUGCUCUGGAAAAGCGGCUGCCGAUGCCAUGUACAACACUAUCAUCCUCUACCACUGCCAGCCAGUACAUAGGGUUGGCACUGGUACCGAAACCUGCAUGAAUCACUGCCAUGUGUGCUGUCCUAUGCCCAUUAUGGACCCGUUCGAAGCAGGGCUUCCAUCGUCAGAGCUUCGACUAUAUAUAAGACGAACCCCCGAUAACCGCUUCCUGGUUCAUCUGGAUGGGGAUGCAGCUAGUCGCAAUUUGCCGCUGGCCACCAGCUUGCUACAUAGCUUUGACCAGGCCUUGUGUUCAAUCGCCCGCCUCCCGACGCAGUCUAUAGGGACGGCGGGGCUAUGCUCCAUGUACGAUCGCGAACAGAUUGCUGAUUCCACUCGCUCGCUUUCACCGGUUCAAGAUGCACUUCUGCAUGAUCUAUGCUUGCGACACUCGACGACCACGCCAAAUGCGCUGGCGGUUCGCUCCUGGGAUGGUGAUCUUACCUAUGCUCAGCUACAUGACUUGGUAUGCCGAUUAGCCCAUUGGUUGACCGGGAAAGGAGUUGCUCCGGGUGUUUUUGUCGCUUGUACCUUUUACAAGUCAACAUGGGCCAUCGUUGCCCGCCUUGCAGUCCUCAUGGCAGGCGGCGCCUAUAUAUGUGUCGAUGCCCACGAUCCACCGACAUACUUGGAAUCCAUCAUGGAACGAACUCGCGUUCGAAUUAUGUUAACCUCGACGGGGUUUACUCAACAAUUCACUGACCGAGUGGAUGUCCAUUUUGAAGUCAGCGAGGCGUCUCUCCACGGCCUUCCAUCGCUCCGUGUUAUGCCUUGCUCCCCCGUGGCACCAACCGAUCCCUGCGUUGUCCUGUUCACAUCGGGGAGUACAGGCAGCCCCAAGGGCAUCGUGCAGGAGCAUCGGAGCUACGCUUCGGCACUGACAGACUACAUUCACGUCAUGGGGAUGGGUCCGCAUUCCCGGCUUUUUCAAUUCGACGCAUAUGCCUUCGACAUCAGCAAUAAUGACUUUCUCGCUCCCCUCAUUGCUGGCGGCUGCUGCUGUGUACCGACGACCUCGAUGACUAUUGAGGCACUAGUGACCGACCUGAAUGACCUAGCAGCGAACAUGAUCUUUGUGACACCGUCCGUAGCGAUGGAUAUGGACCCCGACCGUGUCCCUACCCUCGAAAUGAUGUGCAUUGGUGGAGAGCCUCUUUCCGACGCAGUUCUAGCGAAAUGGAUGGGCCGUGUGCGUGUUGUUAAUCAGUACGGAAUGGGCGAGGUCGCCUCUCUCUGUGCCCAUAACCCCGACCUCCAGCUCGGCCGUGGGGCGGUGGUCGGACGCCCAGCUAGUGGCUCGAUCUGGAUCGUGAGCCCCGACUCUCCCGACCAGUUGAUGCCGGUCGGUGCGGUGGGGGAGCUGCUGGUGGAAGGCCCACACAUCUCACGGGGCUAUCUCGACCAUGUGUCCGGGAAGUCGGAAAACUUCCUCUCUGCACCUCCCAUCUGGAUGGCACACAUCCACCCCGACCGACCCUCACAUCGGUUCUAUCGGUCUGGCGACUUAGGCCGAUACAACCAUGACGGAACUAUUGAGCUUAUCGGGCGGAAAGAUACCAUGUUGAAGCUCGAUGGGGCAAGAGUCGAAGCCGGGCAGGUCGAGUUUGUUCUGAGCAGCCACUUGACACCUGGAGACGUCGCAGUAGUGGAUAUUCUCGGUGCUGUCGAUGGCGUCAGUGAGCCCAUCUUGGGUGUAUACCUGUACUUAUCCACCAACCCGAUGAACCUCGAAGGCGGCUCGGUGGAAGAGAUGCAGUUUCGGCCGAUCCAGAAGCACCAUGCCGUCCAUCAUCUCACGCAGGCCCUGAGCAACGCGGUCCGCCAGAGUCUUCCCCGAUACUAUGUCCCCAGUUUGUUCCUGCUCAUUGACCGUGUGCCACGCACCAAGUCCAAGAAGACGGAUCGCCGCAAGCUCCACAUGCUAGGGCAAGCUUAUUAUAUGGCUCGCCGAGAGGAACUAACCGAAAUUACUGUCUGGCCCGAUUGGAUUUGA